CCCGGAUUUAUUGUUGAAUACCCAGUGAAAGUACGGGUCGUCGGCGAACGCUUUCUGUAUGCAUGCUACGGCCGAGGGGAUGUCCUCUUUUGUGAGGGGAAGGAUCUCGAUGGCCAUAUUGGGUUUGUUUGUUUGCUUUGUUCUCGUAAUUGGAUUGGGCUUGGAUUGGGGAAGAUAUUGAGUUUAAAAUGUAUGAUUCGAAAAACGUAUUUGAUAAGUGCAUUCAAUUCCUACUGGCUCUGCGAAUAGGUUGCGAAAGGGCAAUAGUAUAUGCGUGAGAAUGACGACGGAGGGGAUAAAGAGAGAGCGCCAUCUAUUGAUGGGAGCCGAGAUAGACGGACAGGUCGAGAAGGGAAAGCGCGGGUGAGUCGCGAGGACACCAACCAGAUGAGGUCUUUGAUGGAACUGGCAGUUAAGAUUGAUGAUGAUGAUGAAGAAGAUGAAGGUGAGAGACGGACUUUCGAUGCGGCGCCGCCCGGCUCUGUUCUCCCCCUUCCCCACCAAUCAUAUCCCCAAGAUCGUCCACCAUUGACGAUCGCCAAGCCACUAGACGCGAUUCGGCAGGUUUUGCCGGAGGAUCAGCUGGUCGGCAGGGCUUAUCGUAUCAUGGGGAUAGCUUCACGCACGGGGAAGCUGCCAUCUACCGACCCUACGAUAGCCGAGUGA